AUGCAGCGACUCGCGCUGUCGCAGGAGGACAAGCAAGUACGGGACUGGUUCAUUGAGACAACAAAGGCAUUGAAAUGCGAGGUCACGGUGGAUGAAAUGGGUAACAUCUUCGCUGUUCGCCCUGGACGACGGACUGACGUCCCACCCACUUUCAUUGGCAGCCAUCUGGAUACGCAGCCGACAGGUGGCCGGUAUGAUGGAAUUCUGGGUGUGCUCUCCGGUAUUGAAACGCUGAAAGUAAUUGACGAAAUGGGAUUGGAGACGGAAGGUGGAAUUGGAGUUGUCAACUGGACAAACGAAGAGGGUGCCCGGUUCCCCAUUAGCAUGGUGUCUUCUGGCGUUUGGGCAGAAUGCAUCCCCCUCGAACGAGCACAUGGGCUUAAAGAAGUCCCAACAGUCGCGUCUCUCCCGACCGCAUCUUCUGCCCCAGAGUCUAUGAAGUCUGCGUUGGAGAAGAUCAACUAUCUCGGAAGUGUCCCGUGCUCAUACAAGCAAACACCCAUGGCGGCCCACUUCGAGCUACACAUCGAGCAAGGCCCCCAUCUUAUUUCUGCAGGCCAGCACGUUGGUGUCGUUACCGCCGUUCAGGCAUACCGUUGGUUCCACCUCACGAUCUUUGGCAGAGAUACCCACACGGGUACUACCGCGUUCGAACACCGUGCAGAUGCCCUAUAUGCCUUUGCUCGUAUGAUGGUACGUGCUCGUGAGGUUGCCUCCUCCCACGGCUGUCUGGCUAGCGUUGGAAUUGUAGAGGCAAAGCCCGGCAGUGUGAACACAGUUCCCGGCACUGUCAGCUUCACUCUCGACAUUCGCGGCCCAGAAAGCGAACUGGUCCAGGUUGUAGAAGACCAAUUGAGAAAGGAGUUCGAUUCGAUCGCCGCAGAAGAGGGUAAGGGUAUUGGCAAGCCUUGCCGCGUAGAGUGGACCCUUGACUUCGAUUCGCCCGCUGUCAAGUUCCACCCUGACUGCAUCGAGUGCGUGCAGCAAUCCGCGGAGGCUGUCGUUUCGGACGUUAAUGCUGCGGAGCCUAAGUCCCUCAUGCGGACAAUCAUGAGCGGGGCGGGCCACGAUAGUGUCUUCACCUCCAAGAGAGUGCCGACCAGCAUGAUCUUCGUUCCCUGCAAAGAUGGGCUGAGCCAUCACCCGGAGGAGUUCUGCUCCGCAGAUGACUGCGCAACAGGUGCAUCAGUCAUCUUGCAAGCAGUGAUCCGUUAUGAUCGAAAGAGGUUCUCGAAAUGA